GAUCGAUCUAUCCGCCCUUCCCUUUAUCUCGCAACGUCAAACUCACGAAGAUCAGAUCACUUGUGUGUUGUCUGACUUGUGUUGCUGUUGUCCGACCACCCUUACCCAAUUAGUCAGGGGGCAGCUGGCGAUCUCCCGCCGAGGAUUGGCUCCGUCAUUACACACCUUUGAUUCCUUUGCUGGCGUCAUAGGGGACCAUUCACGCCGUCAACGUCGUAGAUUCAAAUACCUCCCUCACUCCCUCCCCGUCUGCUUCAUUUCAAGUGAAUUGAGGUUGGGGGAUUCAUACGCAAUCUUCUUGCUUCACUGUUUUCGAGGUUCUGGCAGACUCCUCACCUCACAAUGAAGUCCCUUGCGUUGGUUUCAGCGAGCAUUGCAUCAUUUGCUCUGUGCAGUGCAAAAACAAUUACUCUCCCUCGGGAUGCAUCACCGCAAGUCCUCGCAGCUGAGGCUCUCGCGGGACCCAUGGCGGCAGUUAAGCGUGCAUUCCCAAACUCACCGUCAGGAGGAUAUGCACCAAAACAAGUCGAUUGCCCAGCAAAUAGACCAACAAUCAGAGAAGCAACCUCUCUCUCACCAAACGAGACAGCAUGGCUCGAAUUGCGAAGGAACCACACUCUCGAUCCCAUGACUUCAUGGCUCUCGCGAAUGAACAUCUCCAACUUUGAUGCAACUUCGUACAUGAAUGGCAUCAGAAAUAAUGUCUCUGCCCUGCCAAACAUCGGCCUUGCAGUCUCGGGAGGUGGAUAUCGAGCCUUGAUGAACGGAGCAGGUUUCCUCGCAGCAGCCGACAACCGCACCAACAACGCCACGAAUCGAGGGCAAAUCGGCGGGCUCCUUCAAUCCGCAACCUACGUGGCCGGGUUAUCAGGAGGAGGAUGGCUCGUCGGCUCGAUCUACACCAACAACUUCAGCAGUGUGCAAGAUCUGCGUGACGGGUCCAAGGGGUCCUCAGUCUGGCAAUUCGGCAACAGCAUUUUCGAAGGGCCUGCUUCAAACGGGAUCCAAAUCCUAUCCACAGCCAACUACUUCUCCACAAUCCAAGACGAAGUCUCCUCGAAAGAAGAUGCCGGCUACAACACCUCCAUCACGGACUACUGGGGCCGCGCGCUCUCCUACCAGCUUGUAAACGCCACCAACGGAGGCCCGUCCUACACCUUCAGUUCCAUCGCCUUAGAACCCAACUUCCAAUCCGGUAGCAUCCCCAUGCCCUUCCUCGUAUCCGACGGCCGUGCCCCAGGCACAUCAAUCGUGUCCCUCAACUCGACCGUCUACGAAUUCAGUCCCUUCGAACUCGGCUCCUGGGAUCCAACCACCUAUGCGUUCGCGCCACUGCAAUACGUCGGCUCGAACUUCUCCGCCGGGUUAGUACCAAGCGAUGGCUCCUGCGUUGAAGGCUUCGACCAAGCCGGCUUCGUAAUGGGCACCUCCUCCACGCUCUUCAACCAGUUCCUCCUCCAAAUAAACACCACUGCCAUUCCACAAACCCUAAGAGACAUCUUCACGCGGCUGCUCACAGACCUGGGCGAAGACAGCAACGACAUCGCGCAAUGGCAACCCAACCCUUUCUACAAAUACAACAACGCCACGAACCGGAACGCUGAAUCGCAACAACUCACCUUAGUAGAUGGCGGCGAAGACGGACAGAACAUCCCCCUUUAUCCAUUGCUCCAGCCGAUGAGGAACGUCGAUGUCAUCUUUGCUGUCGAUUCAAGUGCGGACACGACAUAUAACUGGCCGAACGGGACCUCCCUCGUCGCUACGUACCAGAGGAGCCUGAACAACACCAUUGAGAACGGGACAGCGUUCCCUUCUAUACCUGACCAGAACACCUUCGUGAAUCUCGGGCUGAACAAUAGGCCGACAUUUUUCGGGUGCAAUGCGAGUAAUUUGACGGGUCCUGCGCCGUUGGUUGUUUAUUUACCAAAUGCGCCUUACAUCGCCUUCUCGAAUGUGUCGACUUUUGAUCCGGAGUACAACGACACUCAGAGAAACGCGAUAAUCCGAAAUGGGUAUGAGGUUGCUACUCUUGCCAACGGGACACUUGACGCUCAAUGGCCUGCUUGUAUGGCGUGUGCCGUUCUCUCAAGGUCGUUCGAUAGAACAGGCACUACAGUACCUGAUGAGUGCACGCAAUGCUUCAAUCGCUACUGCUGGAACGGAACAGUCGAUUCAACUCCUGUUGAAGGGAAUUACACCCCAGCAUUCAAAGCUGGGGAGGUCAAUCUCAGCGCUGCUUCGAGUGUUAGUAGAACGGUCACAAUGUCUGUGUCCGUCUCUGCGAUGGCAGCUACAGUGUUGAUGCUUUAAUCAGUUCUCGUGAUCUGAAUGAUAAGGAGAUAGGUAGAUGAUUUGUUCUUGUGUAUAUUUUGGGGUAAAAAGAAAAGUUUCUAUACAUAUUGCUUGCAUGUCAGGGGAUAUGUGGUGGGGUGGGCUAGAUGGUGGGCAGGGGUGUUUGGGCGGCAUUUGCAUUGUAUUUGCAUUGUAUUAAAAGGUUGGGGGAAUCGCGAGAUUUACGACUCAUGUUAUGUUUAAGAAAUGAUAAAAGUACUCAAAGCCCUGGUGUCUUGGCUUUGUGAGGCAAUCAGAAGUAGCAGCUUGGUAUUCUCGGAACUCGAUUAUGUGCAUUGGGCAACUCAACUACUUGGAGGUGAGAUACUCUGCAUGUGUACUUCCC